AUGAGCACGGUGGCCAGGAGAAAUAAGAAUCUGGGGUAUACAGAUGGGAGAGUGUUUUGGAGAUCAAAAGAGUGGGAUGAGAAAACUUCAAAAUUUACCUCGGAUGAGAAUCUCAACAAGAGUGUCAAAAAUAGGGUUGGGAAAAGGAGAAGGCUUAGACCAAGACGCUCGAUCAACCUGGAGGACUCCACUGAGCAGCUGAUUUCUGGUGACGCAGUCACAUUCCCCUGCUCUGUCUGCUACCAAGAACUGAACAAAGCUAGGAAUUUUCUCCAUAAGAAACAUCACAAUGCUCUAAGUAUGCUGGGUUUCCAGUGGAUGGGUGGGAGGCAACCGAAGCCCACACUGGUCAGUUUUCAUAGAGAGUGUAUAAUUUCUAACCUUUUGAGAUCAUCUACAUACAGUGAAAAAGUCCUUCAGAGCAUGAAUUACGCAUUUGAGCUUCUUUGGAAGAAACAAGUUCCAUCCUACUUCAAACUUUGUGACAAGGUUGGCCAGACGUCUACAUAUUCUCCAAGCAGCUACCAUCUGAUGAUUAAAGGUAUAGCCAUCUGUAGCAAUAGUAAUUCGUCCUGGAAAGCUGAGCCGAACUGUAAAUUCUCGGUCGUGAAUGACUUUGGUGAUAAAGCCAAUGUGUGCUUUUUCGGUUUAUUUGAUAGCCAUUAUGGUUAUGCAGCAGCAGACCUGGCAUCUAAGGAGUUUCAGGUUUUACUUCUCCAUCAAUUGUCUAUACAGGAUCCUUCCUACCAAAUGUCAGCUGAGCAGAAGCAACUGAUCAAUUCCUUUCACACUGUGUUCAGGGAAGAAUACAGAGCCAGAGAAGAGGCCUUCUCUUCCACAUACAAAACCUUCAGAACUAGUAGACGGGAGUAUGAGGAUACACACAAAGCCUUCGCAAAGGCAUUUUGGAGAAUGGAUAGGCUUCUACGGCUUGGAAGGAAUGAGACUUCCCGGGUUCGGUGGAGCGGCUGCUCAGCACUCACUUGUAUAUUAGAGGGUGGGAAUAAGAACCCACAUGCUAAUAAAGACUGGGAAAAAAACCAUCAGCAGGGUUCCACCAGUCUUCCCUUCCAGAAGACUCCACAGAUCAUAUCUGGAGUACUACACCUUGCAAAUGCUGGUAUGUAUAUUCACUUGCAUCCAUGA